AUGGAGGAAAUCUGUGACAUUCAGCGUCUGCAAGAUCAACUUGUCCAUGAGAACGUUCAGCUCAGGCGGCUAGCAACGGAAAAAGGCGAAGGCACACAUGGCAUGGGACGCCACAAGAAGGCCGAUCUUGGCGAUGGAGCGAUUGGCAGUCAUGAUGUUGUCAAAGCGCCCCAGCCCCUCAGCUCUGCAUCAAGUGCAGAAUGGAUAAAUGCUGCUCGCAAAGAAUGGAGGUCCAGGGUGCAAAACCUGCAUAACUCAGUGGGUGCUACACAUGAUGGUGAGGGGCUUGAGCAGUCUCCUGGCUUGUCCUGUGUCAACGUGUACAACAUGCAGACCACACAGGAGCAUGGAAGCCUUGAAGACUCUCCUUGCUCUCCUGAUGGCCACACGAGAGCAGACAACAGAGAGAGGAGAAACAGUUCCUCGAAACACUGCCCAGUUGAUUCAUCGCGAGAGCCGGCCACGAGCAUUGUGAGGCAUACAAUGAGCCCCGCAAGUGGAGCAGAGACAGCUGUGGUGCUGUGCAGUGACAGCUUGGCACACGAGGAGGUUGGGGAGUCCACACAGUUGGGCAUGCGCGUGGAACAUCUCAUUAACCACCAUCCAGAAGUUGGGUUAUUCCCCUCACAGUCUUGGAGGCAAACUCACAUCCCAGAUUCGGAAGAUGUAGAGCAAUGCCAAUUGGAUGCUCUGCAUACUCAGCAACCAGGGAAGGCGUGCCGGCAAAAUGGAGCUCAUGAGGACUGCUCCUACUCCACUUUGCCUGCUAAUGUGCUGUGGAGGAAAGUUCCAACAGUAUCACCAACUCAGCUGUCUCCAACUUUCUGGCCAAGGGUGGAAAGAUCCCGAUGGCGUGUGCAAAUGCCUGUCCCAGAGGGAAGAUAUCAAGGAGGCGUGGAGAGUCCCAAUGAAAGCAAGGCUGCUGAUUUGUCUGCGGAUACAGAUGAGACAAGGUCAUCGGGGUCUUGGCAGUGCGAUGGCUUAGAAGCAUUCAAUCGUCUCGAUGCAAUUAUCACAAAAGGCAGACAACAUGCAAGUUUGUCCAUAGGAAAGUCUCCCGCCCAGUCACUGGUGGGGCCUGAUGCCACACCAGGGAGAUGCAAGAAACUGGCUGAUCUUCACAGUCAAUAUGGAGCUCUCAAAAGCAAAACCACCUCGAGAGACUCCAGUUGA